ACGCUGAUCGGUGAACGUCGCACACUCUCGUUGCCACACACUCUCUCCCACCUCCCAACACCUUCUCCUCCUCCCCUACCACUCACCCAACAGAGCAGUAUGUUGGGCAAACACACGCGACUCUUUAAGAUACUUUUCGUGAUAAUUUUCAUCAAGGUGUUCAUAUUGUUAGUGCUCCUUUGUGUCAACAGCUCCGAUAUACACCGCGUUAGUCGCGGUCGUACCUCAAAAUUUAUCAAUGAUUUACUCAUUGACAGACGUCAAGAACCCAACUUGGAGGAGCGACUGAAGCUCAUACGCGAAGAGAUGCCAUCGUUUCCACUCGAGGAGUUGCUGCGACGUCCUCGGAGCGUAAUGCCAAAUCAAUGCGGUGAGGCGCCCGAUUUCAUGAACAUCGUAUAUCACAAUGAAUACUGGCAAGAGCUGCAGAUUCAGAAUACGUCAUUCUAUUUCUUUGGCGCCUACUACGAUGAUCGUAAGACUGUCCCGAAGACGCCAUUGGUCCGUCUGCUGACGAUGAUCAAUCUGUAUGGCUCCGAGGGUGAGGUCGAUUAUCCGAUCGUCUAUUGCCAGCUGUGGUACAAGAAUCAAGUGGAGCCACUGAUCGUCGAGGCCAUCGAUCACAAGAUCGUUUGGAUCUGGGGCGGUGCAUCGCGUCGCUUCUUCCCGACGCUCAUCAGCUGUCCGCUGCCAAAGCCGAAGGGCGGCAAAGCCGAGGUGCCCGAAAUGGUGUCGCUGGUGGCCGAUCGUUGCGAUCGUGCCAAGAAUCUGUUGCGCGUGGUGCACGAAUUGCCGGAGCCAUCGGAAGUGCAACAGAGCAAAUCGGCUCGUCGAUUUAUGGUCUGUGUCAAGGCAAUGGAUUUCCCAUACACGGAUAUGUCGUGGCGCGUCAUCGAGUGGCUGGAAGUGCUGCGUAUGCUGGGCGUCGAUAAGGUUGUGUUCUAUGACGCACAAAUGCAUCCGAAUAUGACGCGUGUGAUCAACGAUUAUAAGACGAAUGAACCGCACUUUGUCGAGCUGCGUCCGAUGUCCUUGGGCCGCGGUGAACCGCAUUCGCCUCGACACUUUCAUCACUAUGCCAUGAGCGCGGACGGUUUCAAUCGCAUACUGAACGAGAUGAUACCCUACAACGAUUGCUUUUACCGCAACAUGUACAAGUACGAUUACGUGGGUAUCUUUGACAUCGAUGAGGUGAUCAUGCCGCUGCACAAUGUCACCAAUUGGAAUGAUUUGAUUGAGCUCGGCUACCGUGUGCCCGACUACGAACGUGACUCAAAGGGUUGCUCGGAUUGGGCCAGUUUCUGCUUUCGCAAUGCCUACUUCCCACGUUAUCCCGAUCGACCGAAGGUCUUCAAGCAGCUACCCAGCUAUUACUAUAUGCUGCAGCACGUGGAACGCACGGCUGAGCAUUGUGAUCGCUACUCGGCGGCCAAGUGUUUGCAUUCCACCAAAUAUGCCGUGGGACUGCACAAUCAUUUUCCGCUGUACCGUGCCAAGACGGGGGAAUGUGAACCGAAAUCGAUUCCAAUUGAGUACGCGCAGUUGCAGCAUUAUCGCGAGCCCGAUAAUAAGACGCGUCUGAUUAAUCCGGUGACCGAUGACAAUAUCUGGCGUUUUCAGCCGCAGUUGCAGCAACGCGUCUAUGCCAAAUACGAGAAACUCGGCUUUCUGCCCAACAUCACUCAAAUGCAGGAGGCCGAGGAGCAACGCAUUCUCGACGAUGAGCAAAAACUGCGUGAAGCAAUAUCCCUAACCUAAGCUAGUAGAAAGUUAUCUCUCAGCUCUCUC